AUGUGUGCAGAUGCGAUCUUCUGGCCCGUUUGGACCCACACCAGCACCGACGCGCUGUGCAGCGUGCACGACCUUGCUGCGGAGCACGCAAAGCCCUGGCGUUCAAAGACGAUCCUGCCACGAAGCACAGAUAGCAUGAGCUCCAUCUCCACGGCUGUUCACAGCGACAGCGACGUGGACGAGGAUUUGGCCGACGAGGACAUCUUCCAGGCCGUGUACGGCACUGUGGGCAAUGCGGCUUACAGCCCUCCAGACGACACAUCGGAUGCUUCAGCCACGAUGCACGCCCUUCCACGCACUAGCUGUGUCGCAGGCGACUCUCUGGAUGCUGAGAAGAGUGACUGCGCCAGCCACGCUGUGCAUCCUGUGCCGUCUUGCAGCCUGCCACGAAGGAGAAAGGCCGCAACUGCAUGGUCCAGCCUGCGCACGGUGUGGGAGCGGGUGCGCAACACUUUGCCAGCCAACCUCUCCCUCACCAAGAACAAGUGCCACGACACCAGCAAGAGCAGCACGCACAACCAGAAGAACAAGAAGACCAACACGACCAACAAGAAUGCCAAGAGCAGGAAGAACAGCGACGCCACCAGCGAUGCCGCUUUGGUCUACUACAGCAGCAAUGACUUGAGGGCACAUGCUGCAGGCAGCAGAAGCUUCUGCUACACGGUUCCCCGAGACUUGGAAGAGCAAGCCCAAGAGUACAUGGAGGUGUCGGACGUCGAGCUGAGGAGACCAUCCACUGUCUCGUUGCCGCUGUUCGUCUCGCACGUGUGGGUGCUUGAACACUGCGACUGCGACAAUGUGUGA